AUGGUGGGCACAGUAAUUAUCACCGGUGCAACCGGCUCGCUCGCACUUGAAGCCGUGCAGCAACUUCUGUCAUCGCAUCCUCUGUUGACCAUUGUUGGCACUGUCCGAAAUGCAACAAAAUCCCCCCAAACCCCUCAAUUACUUCGACUGAAAGAGAUUGCGCGCCAGUAUCCUUCCAGCAAGCUCCUGAUCAAAAGUGUGGAUCUAGGCUCUAUUUUGGAAGUACGGGCAUUCUCAAACGAAAUUGCUAGUCUGGUGGAAUCUAACGAACUUUCACCGAUUUCCGCCAUCAUUUGCAAUGCAUUCACAUGGUCGCUAGACGGUCAGCAAUUUUCCAAGGAUCGGUUGGAAUCUACCUUCCAAGUCAAUCAUCUUUCGCACUUUUUGCUAGUUCUCAAACUUCUGCGGAGCAUGGACCCCGAGACGGGUCGAGUGGUCAUGCUUAGCUCUCAAGUUCAUGAUCCCGAACACCCCAGCCCUCUUUCAAAACUGGGCGCAGAACUUCCAUCCAAUGAGAGUCUUGAUGUAUUGGUCAAGCCUGGCGCAGAUGAGGCUGGAACAGAAUAUGAUAUGGGCUGGCGACGAUACGCAAACAGCAAGCUGGCCAAUGUCAUGUUUAUGCAAAGUUUGAACAGACUACUCCAACAGAAUCCGAUCUUCAGCAAGAUCACCGUGACUGCUAUGGACCCAGGUGGUCUUGUUAACUCCCGGGCCCAUGCCGCUCAGCCUCCAGCCAUUCGUAUCGUGUUUAUGCUGCUCGUGCUUCUACUUCCAGUAAUCAAGCUUUUUACUGACAAGUAUCGGUCAAAUUCCGACUCAGCCCGAGAUGUUCUAGCGCUCGCUUUGGCCCCUGAGUAUGCAUCAGUGAGCGGCCAUUUCAAUGGAAGGAAGCCUCAACCCCCUGCGUGUGUAAGCAACGAUGAGGGAAAAUGCGAGGCUCUCUGGCAGGCUUGUUGGAACUGGGUUGAUAUAAAAGACAGCGAGACCUGUGUUCCCAAGAGUUACCCCUAA